AUGGUCCAUGGAUUGCGUGAAGGACAAUCAGUCAAUCACUCACACUACUGUUUCCUUGAUGAGUCAUCGGGACACCUGCCUCCUUCUCAUUCUCUCCUUGUACACGCGUCCAGGUUUGUCUUUCCCAGUACACCAGUAGCUUUCCCAAUACAUUACUAUUUAAAGCUCUCCUUUUCUGUCAUCCAUACCACACGAUAUCCUCUUCCUGUUAGUUUGUCUACACAUGCAGAUGGAGACCAUCACACACCUCCUACAUCUCUUCUCUACAAUGCUGUUGAAGAUACCAUUUAUAAGAACUUAACCAAACAAGUUGCAGAAAUAACCCUUCAAUUAUGGUUUGAAUUGAGGCUUACCCACUUCUAUUGUUGCAGAUUUGCAGAUGUUAUAUGGCAGAAGCCAAGAACUCGAUGA